GCGCGCCUUCGGGUGAGAGUCCAGGCCUGGGCCUCGGAACCAUCGAGGGGGCGGGGACGACGUUGGGGGCCGGGCCCUGGGGCCUGGGGGGCGCCGGGGACCGGCCCGGGUAGCGCCUCUGGGAGACCAACAGCAUGCAGACUCCCAGUCUCUGAGAUACUGUGUCCCUUCUAUAGAAAUGUCACACCGUGGUGGUGAGCGAGACUUCCAGACUUCAGCUCGGCGCAUGGGCACCUCUCUGCUUUUCCAGCUUUCAGUACACGAACGGGAGCUGGACCUGGUGUUUUUGGAUCAUAGCUAUGCCAAGCCAUGGAGUGCUCACCCAGAUGCCAGCAGUGCCCGCCCAACCCGCAUGCUCUUUGUCACCCCCAGGCGUCACCAGGACAGUACCAUUGAGGCAGACAUCCCUAUUGAUGUGGAAACUGUCACGUCUACCCCGGUGCCACUCUAUGACAACCAGAAGGCACGAAGUGUGAUGAAUGAGUGUGAACGCCAUGUCAUCUUUGCCCGGACUGAUGCAGAUGCUCCACCCCCCCCUGAGGAUUGGGAGGAGCAUGUCAACAGAACUGGUUGGACGGUUGCCCAGAACAAACUAUUCAACAAAAUUCUCAAAGCCUUGCAGUCUGACCGGCUGGCCCGGCUAGCCAAUGAAGGGGCUUGCAAUGAACCUGUGCUGCGGCGAAUUGCUGUGGAUAAGUGUGCAAGAAGAGUUCGUCAGGCACUGGCAAGUGUGAGUUGGGACAUUAAACUUGUCCAGUGGUUGCAUACAACGUUGGUGGAAACCCUGAGCCUACCUAUGUUAGCAGCAUACCUUGAUGCAUUGCAGACAUUGAAAGGGAAGAUACCAACUUUGAUUGACCGGAUGUUGAUGUCAUCUACCACAAAGACUGGUGCAGCAGGAGCUGAAGCUUUGUCUCUCCUGCUUAAAAGGCCCUGGGACCCUGCUGUAGGAGUGCUUUCUCAUAACAAACCAAGCAAGCUCCCUGGAUCUCCACUGAUUCUUAUAGCCUCCUCUGGUCCCUCGAGCUCCAUGUUCCCUACCUCUCGAAGACACCGCUUUUGGCAGUCACAGCUUUCCUGCUUGGGCAAGGUCAUCCCAAUUGCCACCCAUCUCCUAAACAAUGGGAGUGGAGUAGGAGUUCUUCAGUGUCUUGAGCACAUGAUUGGAGCUGUUCGAGGCAAAGUACUGGAGAUUCACAAUCAUUUCCCCCACAAACCUAUCAUCUUGAUUGGCUGGAAUACAGGAGCCUUGGUGGCUUGUCACGUAUCAGUGAUGGAGUAUGUCACUGCAGUUGUCUGCCUUGGAUUUCCUCUGCUUACAGUGGACGGGCCCAGAGGGGAUGUGGAUGACCCUCUCCUGGAUAUGAAGACUCCAGUCCUCUUUGUCAUUGGCCAGAACUCCCUACAGUGUCAUACUGAGGCCAUGGAGGACUUUAGGGAGAAGAUUCGUGCUGACAACAGCAUGGUAGUAGUUGGGGGAGCUGAUGACAAUCUCAGGAUAAGCAAAGCAAAGAAGAAAUCUGAAGGCCUGACUCAGAGCAUGGUGGACAGAUGUGUCCAGGAUGAGAUUGCAGACUUUCUGACUGGUGUGCUCACUCGUGCUGAGGGUCACAGCGGCUCUGAGCCCCGAGAUCAGGAUGCUGAGAAGAAGAAGAAGCCUCGUGAUUCAGCGCGCCGAGAUUUGGCUUUUGAACUUCCUGAACGGGGAAGCCGGCCUACCUCUCCUGCUGCUAAGCGUCCUGCUUCACCUUCUGGUUCUGAGGAUCUAUCAAGUGUGUCUAGCAGCCCCACCUCUAGUCCCAAGACCAAAAUGGCAACGGUGACCUCUGCCCCUAAGUCUAGCCAAAUUGGCACUGCCCAGCUAUUGAAGAGACAUGUACAGCGGACAGAAGCUGUCUUGACCCAUAAACAGGCUCAAGCACAGUUUGCUGCUUUUCUGAAACAAAACAUGCUGGUGAGGAAAACUCUUCCUCCCGGCACCUCCUCCUGUCUCUUUGUUCCCAUCUCCUCAGACCAGGCUGAGGAAGCUGAUAAAGAAGACCUUCGGGGCCAGCUGAAGCGUCAGCAUCCUCCUAGCCCCCCUCCGGGCAGCAAGGCUUCCAAGCGAGCCAAGAUCAAAGUGACCAUUGUCUCUCAUGGGGAUGGAGCUAGUGGACCAAGUCUCCCAUCCCAAGGAGGAAGCACAGAGGUUUCAGGAGGAAAGCCCAUUACUGUGACUCGGGGGCAAGCCGCUGUAGGUGCCAAGGAGCUAACGGGGCUGCUCACCACAGCCAAAUCAAGUGCAGCUUCUGAAGCAGUGUCAGUGAGUCCAGCCUCUUCCUCCAUUAUUCCCAACAGUACUGCUCCUAGUGCCUUCCACACUCUGCAGAGCCGCUUGGUGGCCAGUGGUGGUCACUGUGUGGCAGCCUCUCCUGGCAGCACACUCCCAGGGUCCACAUCUGCCAGCAGCCUCCUUCAGGGGCUCAGCUUCAGCCUGCAGGAUAUCAGCAGCAAAACUCCCACCCUCCCAGCUAGUGCUUCCCCAGGGCCAGCCACACAGACCACCAGUGUGAAGUUGCCUACCCCUAUGCAGAGCCUGGGUGCCAUCACCACAGGCACUGGCACCAUUGUUCGUACCAUUCCUGUGGCCACCACCCUCUCCUCCUUGGGUGCCACUCCUGGUGGGAAGCCUACAGCCAUCCACCAACUGCUGACCAAUGGGGGCCUUGCCAAGUUGGCCAGUAGCCUCCCUGGCCUGGCUCAGAUUUCUAAUCAAACGGCAGGCUUGAAGGCUCCAACCACCAUUACAGUAACUCUACGAGGCCAACCAAGCCGUGUCACCACACUGAGUCCAAUGGGCACAGGAGCUGCCUCCUUAGAGGAGUCCACCCCUCAGGCUCUGCCUUCUACCCCACAGCGAUUGCCGCCAGCUCCUUGAAGAUGCCUGUGUAACAUUUCCACUCUCUUCGUCUGUGAUGGCUGCUUUCCAACAAGCCCACAGGCACACAGACUGCUUUGUGAUGUUGCCUGCUUUCUUGAAGACUUCCUUUGAGACUGUCGUCCUUGUUUGCCUGCUCAAUCAUCAAGGAUAGGCAUCUGAGUCUUAUAGAGCCACUGGGCUAACCUCACUAUUCAGCAAAUCCAAUACCAUUCUUUGGGAUCCGCAGAUUUUGGCCUCCAGGCCACUCCUUUCUCCUCUUCCCUCCCUUGCCCCACCCCCAACCCUCUUUAAUGCAGCAGAUAGCUAUACCACUGGGGCUCACACACUUUAUAGGCAUUAUCACCACAUGGGAUUAGGAGCUCUGAUUUUCAGAGAGGAAAAAGCUUCUUCCCCUUCAGGAGGGUUACCAAGAUCAAAAUAAAUAAAAAAAGAAUUAGAGGAGGGAAGGCCUAGCCUUCUGACCCUACAUAUGGUCAUGAAGGCAUCCCACCUGUUUUUCUUUGCAGAAUCUUAGUGUAUAGGGCAAUAAACCCAACACAGCUCUCUGAUCUAGAAGUCAAACCAGGAUCCCUAGAGACCAGAAGACUUGUUUUCAGAUCUGUCAUAAUGAACAUGAUGAGGACUCAGUUGAAAUCUCUAGGCCCUUCUGAUUCAACUCAUCUGUCUGCUGAGUAAGAAGCAGCACCUGUGAGAUGAGGCCCAAGGCCCAUUUCAUUUCACUGUCCAUUGGCCACUUCCACUCGGUAGAGGGCCAGCAAGUCAGGAGGGACUGGAGAGGAGGAAGUAAAUAGUGGAACAGGCUAAGUGAGCAGUAGGAGGCCAGUUAGCUAACAUGAUUUGUUCUUGUGCUUUGCAUCCCGUUAAAUUUAAGCAUCGAUGUUUGUAUGAGUUGUGAGGGACAAGCUAUUAAGCCUCAGGAACUGUUAGGGCAAAUGAAUCAGAAUAGGGAUUGUUACCCAUAUUUAGCAAAGAGAAUGAAAGAAAUCAAGUUAAUUUCUGCUACCUGAGUGCUGUGGAGUUUAGCCCAACAUGCCAAAUUCUGGACACCUCAUGAAAUGUGUGGGAGUCAGGAAUGCCACUACUUUCUGAUUUUCUAGGUGGCUACUUUUUUUUUUCUCGUCUGGAAAUUGGAGAUUAUCAGCUGUAGAGAUAGUUAAGUAGCCAAGUGAUGACUGUCAGGCCCUAAUCAGUAAGCAGAAAAGUCUCUGGGGAGCUUUCAUGUUAGAAAUGGAGACCCUUCUUCCUAAAUACUUCACAGUGGAAAGAGAUUUAGGUUUGAUAGAUUAUCUCCUCCUCCUGUUCAACCUCCCUAACAAAUUGAAGUGAACUUGGGAGGGGGAGGGAACCAGUCUUUUGAUGUUCCAGGCAAGCAGCCGACCUAGUUAUUUAGUUGCUGCAGGUGGUGGUGGGGAAGUUUACAUCCGUUGGUAUAGUCUGCCAGGUGGAGGAUGGUUUUUCUGGUGUCUCUGUGCCUGUCAGACUGAGAGCAUGUCAACUCCACUGAAUUAGUCUCUGGUUUUCCUUUGGAAAGGAGCCCUCCAGAAUAGUUCUCAGUUGGCCUCUUAGUGACACGGCACAUGCAGAGGGUCCAUUCUCUCUCAGGCUGCUGGGCAGCAAGCAGGACCUGCAGUUUUGCUCAUAUUUUGUUAACACUGUGGGUCACGGUGCUCUUCAGGUGUACAAGUGAUACUCUAAACUCCUGGUAGCAAUGAAAUGCUGAACUAGCAGAAGGCAAACUGUAGGAGUAUUUGAUGGGAGCAGUCAGAAAUCCUAAGUGUACUUCCAUGGGGACAAGUAUAAAGCAGGUGAUUUAGGUGACAGUGAUUCAGACUAUUUAGAAUUAGUUUCUUUGCUAACUAUCCCUUCCAUUCUUGACCCAGGAAAGAUCUAUAAGUUGUUGGAGACUAUUCCCUGACAUAAUUAGCUCAGGGUACUGCUGGAGCCAAAAAGUUCAAUCAAAUGAUGAGCACAUUUCUGGACAGAAUAGCAAACCAGCACAUCACUCCCAGUGCAAAACCGAUUUGUCUGUACAUGGACACUAUCUUCUGUGUUUCUUGUUGCCAUGGCUUGAGAAAGACAUGACAGAACUAGAGAAGAAUAUUGUAGGUUUGACAUAAAAAUCUGUGUUCUCCAGGUUGGAGAGCAAGGUUAAAAUAUGGUAGAGUCUGUAAUGUUGUAAAGAGUGAAUGUGAAUUUGUACUCCAGAAUUGUCAGAAGAGUAGACUUCUUUUAAAAGCUGGAUUGGAGUGAUUAAAAGCAAGUGCCCUUUAGCACAACCCAGAGUAAGCUUAAGGAAUUUGUUACUGUCUAUAAGUGGUCCUCUUCACAUAUGUAAUUGGGGAUCAGGAAUAGCUUAGGUAAAUGCAUGGAAGAUAGGGCUAUUGUGUCAUUAAAGAAGAUAAGAGGUGCUUUGGAGGACCUCCUUCAAUACUGAGGGAACGUCAUUGAGAAGAGCAUGGACCCUUGGCUGGGAGAUGGGGCUGACCUGAUGUGGCAGUUCUUAUGUUCUGUUAACAAUAAACUGUGGCGUGCUGCUAACUUA